AUGUCCGGCAGUACCUUACAAGCCUCAAAAAAAGAAACUCGUAGGGCUGAGAUGAAGAUAAUAACCCCCUUUUCGCCUGCCCGCUCAUGGGAGAGGCAGGUCAUUCACAAAUAUUUACAGGAUGACGAGACCCCUCGGCGGAUAUUUCGUGUCGUGAGCUAUGAUGGGGUAUCUUGUGAUCUUAUGCGGCGGCCCCCCCGCAAGCAGGAGAUUUGUGGCCGGCGCCUUAUCUGGCCGCGCAGCCGCCACACGAACAAAAGGAAGAAAGUGGAGGCAGGUAGAAGGAAUCGCCGUCGUUGA